UGUUACUCCAAUCGCCAUCUUGUUGCCAGUGAAGUAAUGUGUUUCUGAUGAAUUUCGGGAGCGCCCUGGAUGUCUUAUGACUGUCUUUGGAAGCCGGUGGAUUAUACUGUGAUUAACCCACUACACAAAUCCGCACCGGGGGCUUGCACACAUUUGACCGGGGACGCGUUUAAUCGGUGUUUAAAAUGAGUAUCGAUACCCUAUUGGAGGCGGCCAGGUAUUUGGAGUGGCAAGCCCAGCAACAACAGAUUACACGUGAAGAGGAGGAGCGGCGAGAGAAGGCUCUUCUGUCCCGUGAGGCCGAGCACAAGCUUUCAGCUCCUGUUAUCCAGUCCGUCCAACUCAAUCAUGUGACCUGGACAGAAGAGCUGAGGCUUGAACCUCAGCGCCAGCAGCAGCAGCAGCCUCCGGUGCCUCCGCCUCCGCUUCCUCCUGCUGUUCCCAUCACCGUCAUCCCCAUCCCGGUGGUCUCUGCCAGCCCUGCAGUUCCUCAAAUUCAGUCCGCCGCUGCCUUGCACACGGCUCCCGCCCUGCCCGUGGUCUCGCCGCUGACCAGCGCUCUGUCCCAAAGCAAAGACACGCUCUCGCCUCCACUGCAGCACCGGCAUCUGAUCGCUCAUGUGAAGGCAGAGACUAACAGUGUAGCUCUGCCCAACAACAGUCCACAAACAGUGCAGACACAGGGCCUCCUGCAGCCCUUUCCAGCCUCCAUCAUCACAGCCCAGCAACACCUGCUGCCCCAGCCCACACUCACCCAGACCCAGCCCACGCCACCACAGGGGCAGCCGGGGCAAUUGGGACAGCCGGCCCGGCCCAAUGGAGCCACAAUGGAGGAUCCUCGAAAUCUUGAUGGGAAGAGGAGACCUGGAGGUUACCAUUCGGAUUCAGGAGACUCGUGGACCACUUUUUACUGUGAACUUCCUACACACAUAGCCGGAACUCGAGAAGUUCAUAACAAGCUGGAAAAGAACAGACGAGCACAUCUGAAAGAAUGUUUUGAGACCCUCAAGAGGAACGUUCCGAAUGUGGAUGAAAAGAAAACCUCCAAUCUGAGUGUCCUGAGAAGUGCCCUCCGCUACAUCCAGACUCUGAAGCGUAAGGAGAAGGAGUACGAGCACGAGAUGGAGCGUUUGGCUCGGGAGAAGAUCGCCACGCAGCAGAGACUGGCAGAGCUGAAGAACGAGCUGAGCCAGUGUAUCGACAUCAUAGAGAUCAACAGGAUACUGAGACAGACUGUCCAGCCUGAAGAUGACCAGGCCUCCACAUCUACAGCUUCAGAAGGUGAAGACAACUUUAGCCAAGACCCUGAAGACGACAUGCUCUCCUCUCCACCCUCGUCUGCUGCACCCAAACCUCCUGUCCCGCUGCCAGCAGAGCCCCGCGCAGCCAUGCCUCCCCCCUCCAUCCUCCCUACACACAUCUCCAUACAGCACAAACCCGUCCUGCCACCCUCCGCUCCACCCCAGCCAGCAGUUCUCACCCCUCAGGCCAUCGCCCCUGCGCCCCCGUCCCAUGUCUUGUCCCCUCCACAACCCACAGUCAUCACCCACGCCUCAGUGUCCCACGCCUCCGUCAUCCACGCUGGACCAAAGCACCUGGCACACAUAGCCCCCUCUAACGGCGGCCAACCAAUCGGACACAUCACUGUGCAUCCCGUUGCACAUCUGUACCCGCAGUCGGUGGCUGUUUCCCAGCCGGCGGUGGUAGGUCACAUCACGCACACACUGGCGCACCAUCCGCAUGCACAGGUCAACGGCACGCCGGUCACAGGCCAACAGGCCACCGUAGUAGGAAAACCAACAGCCGUGGUGGCACACCAUCACCCGGGGCUGGUGGGUCAGACAGUGCUCAAUCCCGUGACAAUGGUGACUGUUCCUCCGUUUCCAGUGAGCACGCUGAAGCUGGCCUGAGAGAACACACACACAUACGCUCAAAGACUUCAGGACUCAUAAAGCCAGAAAAGACGUCGAGCUACACGCUAAAUGCGACUGGAUUGCGUUCAGAAAUGGACCGCUGUCGCUCCUGCGUGUGAGGAAAGGGCUCGCGUGGUGGCCGAUGCAGCGCUGGAAUGAAAUACAUGCACUUGCUUGUCUAAAUUAAUGAAGACGUUGGAUGUCGGUGUAAUGUUAGAGUGGAGUGCUGAAACAAAUCAAUUCUUCCCUUUCUACCCUCCAUGUUUUUCUGUAUGUCAAUGCUUUACAUUCAUUCACCAACAAAAAAAAGCUAAAUCAAAUAUGAGUGUUAAAGGUCAGCAUGUGGAGGAAGAACUGUGUAGCUACAUCAAAAAACUAAAUCAUUGGAUCAACUUAAGCUUGUUACACCUAAAUAAUUAAUUAGUUCACCCAAAAAUGAGUAUUUACUCACCCUCAAGUGGUUCCAUACCUUUGAGUUUCUUUAUUCUUAAAGGAAUAGUUCACCCAAAAAUUAACAUUAACCUAUUUACUCACCCUUGUGCUAAAGUUGUCUGACUUUCUUGUUAAACACUAAAGAAGAUACUUUGAAGAAAGCUGGAAACCUAGAACUAUUGACAUCCAAAGUAGUUGUUUUUCCUAUUGUGGAGAUCAAUAGUUACAGGUGUUCAUCUUUCUUCAAAAUAUCUUCUUUAGUGUUCAACAGAUAAAAGAAACUCAAACUGGUUUGUGACAGUAAAGCAUGUAUAAAAGUGUGACCGAAUUUUCAUUUUUGGGUGUACUAUGCUCAUUAAGUUGGCUUUAAUGAAUUAAGUUUUAGGUGUUGAAGUAGUAGAACUCUUCAAAUGGGGCUUCUCAAUUCAAUCAAAAACAGGUACAUUCAGACUUGAGACAGAUCAGGUUCCUCAAAGUGUCUUGUGAGCAAAUGUAAGUGCCUAUUAAGCCCCAAUUCAAGCCCAGCGGCGCCACCUGCUGCCUACGCACUGCAGUAACAUUGCUGAAACUCAUGAGCGGAGCGCAUCUCUGCUGGAGCAAAACAAACACAGUCUUAAUGAAAAGACCAGUGGGAUGUAAGGAAACUCAACUAACAGACAAAUCAACAGAAAGACCUGUACGCAAAAGUGUACGUUCAAGCAUUUAUAACAGAGUAAGAGCGUCUGCUAUUCAAUAUAACACUUAGGAAUAAUACUUGAUUAACGUUUUAAAAUAGUUUGUUUCUUUAAAUCAACAGCAUUACCAAUGUUCUCGUGCUUGUAGCAACUCAAUGAAAACGAAUGAAGUCUUAGACUACGUUAAGGUGGAUAAAUCUCUAACUUCACCUGUCCAGUGUAGAUCGGUGCUCUCGUGUUCAUUCUGUGUUUAUCACUGCACAGCCAUUCUCAUCAUCAUGUGUGAUUGUGUAAGCUGUUGUGAAGUAGGCGCUUGUUUAUAGGCAUUUUAGGACGUUAAACAUGCUGGGUUUUUGUGUUUCAAACAUUGAAAUCAGGAUAUUAAGCCCCUUUACAUAUAGCAGAGCUUUUCUUAAAGGGACAGUUCACCCCAAAAUGAACAUUUGCUGGUCAGUUACUCACCAUCAGGCUGUUCUUCAGUUGAACAUGAUUGAUUUUUGAAGGAAACUGUGGUUUAUUCAAAUCAAGUCAGUAGUUACCAGCUGUUUGGAAGUCAAAAACGAAAGUGUAUACAUGUAUUUGCUUAAGGCUAAAGUAAAUGAAUAGUUGUGGCUCCUGUUGAUACAUUGAGGUCUUAAUGAAAAGAUACAACUAGACUGUAAAAGAAGCUGAACUCCUGAAUGCAUACAUGACUUGUGUAUGCUGAUUUAUGUGUGUGCAAACUCACUGUGAGUUGAGACUGUGUGAAUGUAAACGAGAGAUUGAAUGAGGGUUAUUUAGGCAUUCAAUUUGACAAAAUAACAUGUAAACAAAAGUAUGUCCUACAUUAUUAUGUAUAAUGUAAACAAUGUUUGGUUUCUUGUCAUAGAUAGUUAGCUUCACAACACCUCAACAUGUUGCUUGGAGCCACAGUUUUCCAUUUUGUUUUGCCUGAAUGUGGCUGUCAAAGUGCUGGUAACCAUUGACUUGUGUCACAAAGUUAGUUUCAGCUAAAAAUCUUCAGUGUUCUAUUGAAGAAGGGAAAAAAAGUAACCUGCUUCUAUAGAAUUGCCUAAUGUUGAGCAAAGUAACAACAAAUCUAAGUUUUGGGGUGAAGAGUCUCUAUAAAGAUGGCCUGUCGUUCUGAAUGCACUCGCUUGGUUGAACCUGCACAAAGUUAGCCAUCUUACCAUUUCUCUAUGUAAACUUGAUGGGUGGAUGGUUGGAUACACCAUGUUGUUGCUUUAUACUGUCACUUUCAAACAGAACACUGUGAUUCCUGCUCCUAACAUCCUCUUCCUGCUGCAAACGCUCCCCAAAUCCAAGGUUUGACUUUUCUGUUUCACUUCCUUUUCCUUAUUUUGGGGACAUCUGUGAAGAGGGAGUGAUACAUGCUGUGCUUCACACUCAGUUAAAAACAAACAAACAAACGAGAGAGAGAAAAAAAGGCUAACCUUUGUGUAAUUUAUUAGUGUUUUUGUUUUUCUAUUUUCAUUUGAAUAUAUGUGUAUGGAUGUAUGUAUAUAUGUGAGAUAUAUGCACGCAUUCACAUAUAUGUGUAUGUAUUUUAGGAUUAUACUGAUGCCUGGUUUUGCAUGUAGAUUGCAGUUUUGGUUUGUUUGUUUAAAUGUUAUUCCCUCCCUUUUUUCAUUUUUUGGGACCAUGUAUCAUACUGUAUGAUGUGGGCGGGACCGUUAGACCUCAUUCUACAUUGAUAUUAUAUAUAAAUAUAUGACAAACUGUGCAUUUUCCCUAUGGAGAAAGUUUAAGUUAUAUAUCGCCUGUACAUUUUGGGCUGCAUUAAGAUUCAAAUUGUCCACCAUGUUUAACUGAAAUAGUAAUAAACUUAUUAAAAAUAUGCUAGAUUACUACAAAAAAAACAAAACAAAAACAAUGACGAUUCAUAAUAAAUCUUAUGACAUUUACAA